CUGCUGCCCACCGAGCCGGGAGCAUCCGUGGGCCGAGACGACCGGUACGCCUCUCCUCAUCGUCACCAUGCGUUUUCAGGCCUCUGGAUCGACUUCAUUUCCUCUGAGCCGACUGCUGACACUGCUGAUGUCAGUGCUUCUGACCGGUGUUUUGCUGCUGACGCUGACAUCAACACCUGCGAGCGCCGAAGAGGAAGAACUACCCGAACCUGAGGCACUAGUAUCAUACCCCGAUCUCUUCCCAGCAGCAGACGGCGGCCACCAGUCUUCAUACAGUCAACCGUCGUACGGAUACCAGCCUCCUUCCUACGGAUACCAACCUCCGUCUUACGGAUACCAGCCUCCGUCGUACGGGUAUGGUCACAAGGACGACUGCGGCGACCUGGACUUGCUCGGGGUCCUGGCCGGCGGCGGUGCGCUGGCGGCGCUCGCCGUCUACAUUCUCGUCACACAAGCCAUGAUGAUGCGCCGUCGCCGCAGCUUGGGACGAGAGCUGGAUGAGUUUGAGACGGAAGUGGCGCAGGUGUUUCGAGGACCGGCGCGGGCGCGCAACUUUGCCGACACGACCGUCAAUGUGACCUGUCAGGUGGCCGAGUGGAUCGCUGGAGAUGAGCCGGAGCCGCUGGUGCAGGCGCGAGACGGCGGCUCGGACUGUUUCUCGGGCCUGGUGGGGGCUGCUGCCGGAUUUGCCGCCCUGGGAGCUCUCAUCGCUUACGCUCUGUACCUGGCGUCGCAGGCGAUGGCAGCACGCUCAUUCUCCUUCUUCGAUGGCAUCGAGAUUGACGAACAGGGCCUGUCUCUGGUGGCCCAGAUGGCCCUUCUGUUCCUGGACCAGGAUAAGGAGCCCACCUGUCUCCCACACAGUUUGUGUAGACUGAAUCAGAGAGCUCAUUCCAUCAGCCCAACGCACUACCUCGCUACAAAACUGGCCAGUUUGCCGGCUGGCUGGUUCCUGGGCUCUCGGAUGGCCCCUGGAGGGGUCAGGUCAUCCGGCGACCGGUCAUUCUUGAGGAUGUGUCGCGGCAUUACCUUGACCGGCUCCGAGUCGGACUGUGACCGAUACUACCCGACGUGUGGCUCCGACAUCGACCGAUGAAUUCAGCACAGGCAACGGCGCCGGCAUUGCUAACAGUUGUGAGGGUCGAGUGGGGCAUUGAACUUGGGGAGCUGCAAUGGCGAGUUUUGUAAUGCUUUGUGAGUUGUGAAGCUUUGCUUGUGGUGACAGAGUUAUUUAUUUUGUAUUUUGUGUUUUGUUGAGAACUAUCCAAGAAUCGUAGGUAGCCAAAAGUAAAGUGAUAUGAGAUGUGAAAUAUAAUUGAAAAAUAUGAUUGAAAAUAUACAUACUUGCUUUCAUCUUUAUUUGAAAUAUACAAAAUGUACAUAAUAUAAUGUACAUAAACCAUGCUUUAGCUGACAAGGAUAUAUAAGUUAAGUUUUCUGCGUAUUUUAAGUCAGUUGAACAGGCUCUCGCGGAGCUGCUUGAUUUUACCAAAUAAAACAAAACAUUUUAUGUCAUAAAAUACAUACAGAAAAUGGGAUGUUAUCAAACAAGGGCGCAGUCCUUAGCUCAUGCGAUUUUUUUUUAUUCAGCGUAGGCCAUCCUAAUCCACGUAAAACGAGGCUAAUUGGUUGUCACAAGGCGAGUGAAAAAGAUAAAGCAAUACAAGUGAAAGGAGGCGUUA